AUGUUUGUAGGGUCGGUGAUCGGCAUACGACAUCUUCAAGCGCUGUUGCUGUUCUUUGCGAUGCUGAUCGCGUUCUCAAUGAGGGUCAACAUGAGCAUUGCAAUAGUUGCUAUGACUGAUAAUACUCAAGAAAAUUCAUUCGACUGGAGCAUGCAGAUCCAGAGCGUGAUCCUCUCUUCAUUUUUCUGGGGAUAUAUAGUCCUACAGAUACCUGGAGGUGAGCUGGCCGCGAGGUUUGGAGGGAUGGUCUUGGUGACUAUUUGUAUUGGCGUCAACUCAGCUAUACAAAUGUUGAUUCCAGUAGCAGCAUAUUAUGGCGGAUGGCCAAUAGUUUGCUUGUGUCGCGUAGUACAAGGUCUAUUACAAGGAUUUUUAUUUCCUUCAGUACACAGUCUGAUUGGAAAGUGGGCGCCUUUAGAAGAGAAGAGCAGACUUGGGACUUUGAUAUACGCUGGUGGACAGUUAGGAACAGCGCUUCAGCUGAUAGCAGCAGGGUUUAUAGCUAACUCCUGGGGCUGGCAAGCGGUCUUCUACAGUACUGGAGCCCUUGGUGCGUUAUGGACAGUCUGCUAUGUGUUCCUCGGUUCUGACUCUCCAAGAAAUUCAAGAAUGAUUGGAGAAAAUGAACGAAAUUACAUUGAAAAAUCAUUGGGUCACGCCGGGAAUGUUCAAAAGAAAAUGCAAACGCCCUGGAAAUCCAUACUGACGUCACUGCCAUUCAUCUCUCUGAUAGUGGUCCACUGUGGUCAGAACUGGGGUUUCUGGACAUUGAUGACUGAAAUACCCUCAUACAUGAGACAAGUCCUGGGUGUGGAUAUAAAAGCGAACGGUGUAAUGUCGGCGCUGCCUUAUCUAGCCAUAUAUGUUUUGAGUUUUCCGGUCGGUUAUAUAUCAGAUUACACCUUGAAGAAGAAGUGGUUAUCGAUCACAGCCUGCAGAAAACUUAGUAAUUCUUUUGGUUUGUUUGGUCCAGCAAUAGCUCUGAUUGGACUGUCUUACGUUCCUGCUGGAUCCGUGAAGUUAGCUGUCGCGCUUUUGACCAUUGUCGUUGGACUCAACGUUGGUCACUACACUGGAUUUUUGUUGGUGCACAUCGAUAUGGCUCCAAACUUUGCUGGUACUUUAAUAGGUAUUACCAAUGCUGUCGCCAAUGUAAUUUCUAUUAUUGCACCAUUAGCUGCUGGUGCCAUCAUUCAAGAUGAGACUGAUCCAGGCGAAUGGCGUAAAGUUUUUUACGUUUCAUCAGCCAUAUACAUCGUUACUAAUAUAUUCUUCAUUAUAUUUGGCACGUGUGAGACGCAACCAUGGAACGAAGUUAACGCAACGACAGAUGAGGAAAAAGAUGACAAAACAACUAAAUUGUGAGGUAAAAAGUAAAGUGAUCAAUUGUUACGUACCCGACUACGUUGUGAACUAUUGAAUGUGAUCGAAAUCAGUAUUGUUAGGAAAAUAAGAAAUAAUAUACACUUUAGUACAAA